AUGAGAGAGUCUGUGGAGGGCGUUGUUGUCUGGGCUGACGUCGACUCCGACAUUUUCGCUAUCUUGAUGGAGUUCGCCUACACCAAGAAGCUCAUCAUCGCCGAUGAGAAGGAGGAGAGAAGAAUGGAGAGAGCAUACCAGGGGACCUUGAUCCGGCUUGGCAUCGCGUCAUUCGCGCAGAUCAUCUGCGACCUCAUCGUCUUCAUCUGGCCAAAAACAUUGCCAAAUGACCAAUUUCGAGAGGUACUCAUUGACUACCUGCGCAUUGAGUUCGACAGAGCCUUCGAAUUUCCCUGCAUCAUCAAAGUCUCGGAAGAAGUUCCUGAGAUCUAUACUGAGGUUCUCAAUCGCUCACCCAAAGUUCAAGAGGACCUGGUUGAGUGUGAUCGUUUCAUGGCCAUGCAUUUAGAGCCUAGAAACCGCAAGCCGCUAUAUCAAAAACCCAGUUCAUCGCUUAGAGAUUCCGCAUCUGCUCAGCCAGAGAGAGAACAGCGAAAACGCUUGCUGCGAUUCUAG